AUUACAAUGUUUCCUUAGUGGGUGCAAUAUUGGCAUUUACUCUCCUUGUAAGAAAUUAUGUUUGUCAACAUUAAUGGAUGCGCCCAGCCGAAAUUUCCUACAGACAGUAGAGCAAACAUGAUGUUUGACCUGUGGCUCCGCUUUGAACCACUGAUGAUUCGUAUGUUUGUAUUCCAGCUUUUUUGGAGCCUACAGUAUAGAUGUUAUUGCGAGCAGUGCAUUCAGUGUGGAUAUGGACUCCAUCAACAACCCCUCAAGUCCCAUGAUCACCCACGCCUCAAAGCUGUUCAGACUCUCCCUCCCUCUUUUCUUUUUCCAAGGGUUUUUCCCCAUAUUUCUUCCUCUCUUGGAACUGCUUGGUUUCUCCUUGUUCCCUAAGGAUUCUACGAAUUACUUUAAAAAGUUUUUGGACAAAGUCAGAGCGGAACGCAAUGAGAGCUCACACAAGAAUUCCAGAGAUAUCCUUCAAAAUAUGAUCAACUCUCAGACUGUCGGUGAACCCAAGAAAGACAAGGAGAAUAAUGGUCUAACUGACCAUGAGAUCUCAUCUCAAGCCACAAUAUUUAUGUUUGCUGGUUAUGAGACGAGUUCCAUUACUCUCACUUUCUUGGCUUACAAUUUGGCGAGAAAUCCUGAAGUCAUGAAACGGCUGCAAGAGGAGAUAGACGCCACUUUCCCGAAUAAGGGUGAUGUCCAGUAUGAAGCUCUGAUGCAGAUGGAGUACCUGGACUGUGUCUUUAAUGAAUGUCUAAGGCUUUACCCUCCAGCUGGACGUUUUGAACGCGUCGCCAAAGAAACUGUCAAGAUCAAUGGAAUCAAAAUCCCAAAAGGCAUGCCGGUUAUAAUUCCAGUGUACGCUCUGCACCACGACCCCGAGCUGUGGCCAGAGCCAGAGGAGUUCAAACCUGAAAGAUUCAGUAAACAGAACAAGCAGAACAUCAACCCAUACACUUACCUGCCAUUUGGGGUUGGGCCGAGGAACUGUUUGGGGAUGCGAUUUGCUCAGGCGAUGGUUAAACUGGCCUUGGUGGAAGUUCUGCAGUACUACAGCUUCUCCGUCUGUGCAGAGACAGAGAUCCCUUUGGAACUGGACCCUGCAGGGCUCGUUGGACCCCUAAAACCAAUCAAACUAAGGCUGGAGACACGUUUAUCAACCUCAGGAAAUGAGGACAAGUCCAACUAGGAAACACAUCCAUCAAGGCUGCAUUAAAUUUGUAGUUUAAGUGACAAAAAUGCUACUUAAAGUACACUAUCUAAGUUUCUAAUCUGUAUCAGAAGUUUGUGUUCUGUCCUAAAUCUCAGCAGACACAGUGAUGUGUCAUGUUGACUUUUGGAAAUCAUAACUCUAAUUUAUCUGCGCAUUGUGUUCAUGAAAAAUGUAAAUGAUGGUCCAAUCCUAACACAUGUACAAGUGUUUAGAGCAGACAGUUUAACACAAACUCAUAUCUAUUUGCAAUUGUGAUCAUGUCUGAGAAAUUUAGGAAACUAAAGUUCAGCAGGACACACCACAAGCACAUGGAAACAAGUAGAUCACAGAAAGGAGGAGUAAUGAACCUGGGGAUUAUUUUAUCUGUGAAGUGAUGGUGCUAAUUGCUGAGUCAUGCAAUAGUCCAAGCUCUUAAAGUAAAGAGUAGAAAAGCAGGUAAAAUAUGUUAAAUAGUAACAGGAUGACGAAGAUUACCUAUUGCUUAAUGACCACAAAAAUACAGUAACACCUGUGUGACGCAAUGCAAUAUCCCAUCCAUAAAUACUCUCAUUAAAUAUUCAGUUUACUGCUGCUUUGAGUCAUCUAGGUCAGUGGUUCAGUUGUAUGACGCUGCAGUGUUGUAUUGCACCAUGUUAUGUGGCUUUUCUACUAUUUUCAUUCAGCUGAUCUAUAAAGGAGCAAAUUAGCAUGUUUAUGAAACAAACGAUGCACUGGAGUU